AUGGUGGGAUGCGAGUCGACUUGCACUACAAGCAACAAUUCGCAGAGCAUCCCAUUUUUCGAUAAAGUUGGAUGCUCUACGUACCGCCAAAUAACGACAUGGAUGUUGCCAACCAACUACGUACCGGUUUGCAAUACAACGAAAAAAGAGGAAGACACCAUCUGCAACGGGAAGGGAUGCUGCCAGGUCAAAGCACCCGAGGGUGGUCAACAGCUCAUUGGUAUCACAAUAGCGAACAUUAGUAAUGGAAACUUGACGACGGGAGGAGAUUGCAAAGUCGCCUUCUUAACCGAUGAAGACUACACUUUACUAAAUGGUUGUCGGGGUAAUCCAUAUGUUGUUGACAAAUGCAUAGAAAUAAAUGAGUGCCUUGACAACCCUUGUGGAAGUGACAAAACUUGUAAGGACACGCCGGAAGGUUAUGAAUGCAAGAGCCGCCAUAUUCCAGAAAUAUUGACAGGUUUAGGUACAGGUAUUACUGUAUUAGCUUUAGUCGGUGGAACAUGGUGGUUGAGAAAGUUUCUUAAAAAGAAAAGGACGACAAAGCGCAAGAGGAAGUUCUUCAAACGUAACGGAGGACUAUUGUUGCAGCAACAGUUGCAUACAACUCAAGGGAACGUCGAGAAGACCAAAAUAUUCACCUCGAGGGAGCUAGAGAAAGCCACUGAAAAUUUCAGCGUAAACAGAAUUGUUGGACAAGGUGGUCAAGGAACUGUAUACAAAGGCAUGCUUGUAGAUGGAAGAUCCGUGGCAGUCAAGAAAUCCAACGUUGUAGAUGAAGACAAACUACAAGAGUUCAUCAACGAGGUCAUGAUUCUCUCCCAGAUCAACCACAGACACGUCGUGAAACUCUUGGGAUGUUGCCUUGAGACAGAAGUUCCCGUUCUUGUUUACGAGUUUAUCACCAACGGAAACCUCUUCCAGCACCUCCAUGAAGAAUUUGAUGACUACACAGUGUUAUGGGGAGUGCGCAUGCGCAUAGCCGUAGAUAUCGCAGCAGCUUUUUCGUAUCUACACUCUGCUGCGUCUUCUCCAAUUUACCACAGAGAUAUCAAGUCAACAAACAUAUUGCUGGAUGAGAAGUACAGAGCCAAGGUGUCUGAUUUUGGAACAUCAAGAUCAGUUACCAUAGAUCAUACUCAUUGGACAACGGUGAUCUCGGGCACAGUCGGGUAUGUGGAUCCAGAGUACUACGGGUCAAGCCAUUUUACUGAAAAGAGCGAUGUUUAUAGUUUUGGAGUUGUCCUAGUGGAGCUUAUCACUGGAGAGAAGCCUGUUAUAACUCUUUUGAAUACUCAAGAAAUAACAGGGUUAGCAGAUUAUUUCAGGCUUGCGAUGAAAGAGAAUCGACUCUUUGAGAUCAUUGAUGCUCGGAUAAGAAAUGAUUGCAAGCUUGAGCAAGUGAUUGCAGUGGCGAAUCUGGCCAUGAGGUGUUUGAAGAAGACAGGGAAGAGCCGGCCAGAUAUGAGAGAAGUUUCUACAGCGUUGCAGAGGAUCUGCUCGUCUCUGGAGGAUUUUCUGGUGCAAAUCCAAAUUGAUGGAGACGAGAAGUUACACAGAGGAGAUUCUUGGAGCACGGUGGCUGCAAGAACAGUGUGA